UGUCAGUGAGCGGUGGAUGGGUGUUGGAAAUCAAAAUGAGCGAUGAGGAAAGAGAUGUGGAUAUAGAGAGUGAUGAGGACGACGAUGAUUUGGGGACAUCGUUUGGUUCCGGGCUUGCUGGUACAGAGUUUAUGUCACAGUCUGAGAAACGUGCCCACCAUAAUGCCUUGGAAAGGAAAAGACGUGACCACAUAAAAGAGAGUUUUCAUAGCCUACGAGACUCUGUGCCAGCCCUUCAAGGAGAGAAAGUAAACGUAUCUCGAGCUCAGAUCCUGAAGAAAGCAGCAGAUUAUAUCCAGUUUAUGAGAAAGAAAAAUCAUGGCCAUCAAGAGGAUAUUGAUGAUUUAAAGAAACAAAACUCAAUUCUAGAACAACAAAUUCGUGGAUUAGACAAAGCCAGGAGUACGGGACAGUUUGCCCAGUCGGGCACAGUUAGCUCGAAAAACAGUGCACUGACAUUUGAUGGUGGAUCUGAGUCUGAAAGCUCUGCAGAAGGUGAACUAUCACAAGGCCGUCGAAAAAAGUUAAAAACUGAAUAACAGGAUAAGUAGUUUAGAUACUUUCUCUUGUCGUGACCAUCAGAUGGCAGGCCAUGUGGUUAAGUGGACAGCUUAGUGCAGAGGCGUAUUGCUGGUGUGUGGGAAAUCCAAGUGUGUAUGUAAUCAAUGUGGAGUGAAGCCAAACAGGGAUCUAAAUCAUAAUGUACAGAUUGAUGAAAAAAGAAACUACUUUUUUAUAACUUUUUACUUCAAUUUUAAUCCUAUAACAGGAUAUGGUGAUUGAUUCAUUAUUUGUCUAACAGUCAGCAUGUAACUCCAUACAGAUCUCAUUAUCUCUAACAUAUAUAUUGGUGACAGAGCUUGAAUUCUUAAUCUGUAAUCAUCCGUUAAGAUCAAGCUUAGCACUUUUGGAAAUUUUAAAGUGAUCAUAUAUGAACACUGCCACUAUGUUGUAUAAUUUAGGAAACAUGCUUUGUUUGACUCAAGUGCUUCUUUAUAGAAAGGACGAAGAAAAUGGCCAUUUUAGAUGAAUUUUUAUUAGAAUUCCUUUUUUUGCUAGUUAUAUGUCAGAGGAGCAGUCAAAAUCCAAGACCCAGGUAGUACUUAAUGAUACAUUUACCUGGUAGUGUUUGUAUGGAAAUGUACUCGGAUGUUUGGCACCAACCAGUCUGAGUGUCAGUCAAGUACGCUCGAAAUAUACCAGUCCAACAGGUACAAACAUUGGCCUAUAAAUAUACCAGUCCAUCAGGUACAAACAUUGGUCUGUAAAUAUACCAGUCCAUCAGGUACAAACAUUGGUAAAUAUACCAGUCCAUCAGGUGCAAACAUUGGUCUAUAAAUAUACCAGUCCAUCAGGUACAAACAUUGGUCGAUAAAUAUACCAGUCCAUCAGGUACAAACAUUGGCCUGUAAAUAUACCAGUCCAUCAGGUACAAACAUUGGUCUAUAAAUAUACCAGUCCAUCAGGUACAAACAUUGGCCUGUAAAUAUACCAGUCCAUCAGGUACAAACAUUGGCCUAUGAAUAUACCAGUCCAUCAGGUACAAACAUUGGCAUGUAAAUAUACCAGUCCAUCAGGUACAAACACUGGCCUGUAAAUAUACCAGUCCAUCAGGUACAAACAUUGGUCUAUAAAUAUACCAGUCCAUCAGGUGCAAACAUUGGUCUAUAAAUUUACCAAUCCAUCAGGUACAAACAUUGGUCUGUAAAUAUACCAGUCCAUCAGGUACAAACAUUGGCCUGGAGAUAUACCAGUCCAUCAGGUACAAACAUUGACCUGGAGAUAUAACAGGCCUUUGGGUACAAACAUUGACCUGGAGAUAUACCAGUCCAUCAGGUACAAACAUUGACCUGGAGAUAUAACAGGCCUUUGGGUACAAACAUUGACCUGGAAAUGUUCCCAUCAUUACUUGUACCAGGAAAAUGAACUAGGCUUGUAUUUUUAUAUGGAUACUGUGUCUGAAUGUUGGAUGGAAUCAUUUUGAUUUCCUACACCUUGCUUUUCUGUUAUUUAUAAGAGAUAUGCUUAACAUGCAUAUCUUACUCACUGAUACCAAAAUCAAUGAUUAUUGCUGUAUGUGUAUGCUGCAAGAGAAUCAUUUUAACAUCUGGUGCAAAUGUUCUUUGUGAUAAAAGCCAUUGUUUUGAAUGUUGUACAUGGAAAAUCCAUUUUCCUGAUACAUUUAUGAUUCUUUAUACUUGGUAUUAGAUUCAUUGAUUCAGUUCCACUGGGAGAUCUGAGUUAUUGAAAAUUCUUGUCUCUUGUAACGAUAAUGAUUGUUUUAAAACUUCUGUGUUAUAUAAUGUACAUGUCUUCUAGAUUAGAUUUUCAUCGUUAUCCAAGUCAUAUUGUGAAUCUUCCUAGAAUCUAUAAAGAUAUGAGGAGCACAAAAGAAAUUGGGUAUUUUAGCUUUAUUUAUAUAAACAAAUGUAGCCUGUUAUGAGUAAUAUACAGGUGGAAUAAUGAGAGGUAUAUACCUGGUAAUUAAUGCUCUUUAAUCCCAAGUCUGACCUGCUUUCAUUAAAUUUGAUUUCAACAUCUGUCGAGACUUCUUUAUACAAACACAUUCAAAUAUCUGAAAAGAAAAUUUCAUGAAGUGUCUGGGCUAGGGUAUGUGCUCAUAAGUGCUAUUGUCAAACUGAAGCCAAGGUAAGAGUAACAUUUUUAUCAGCAGACUUAAAUGCUUUUAAUAGGUUGAAGAACUUUUAUCAAGUAUGUAAAUGUUAUAUCUGAAAUUGAAAUCCUUGAUGCUUUAAAACUUAUUAAAAGACCGUUCAGUUGAGUAAAUAUGUAUUUGAAUGCCUAUGAUUAUAAAAUUUUUUGUUUUAUCUUGUUUACAAAUUCCAUACCAAUCUUUAAAAUAUCAAAAAAUGGAUUUGUAAAGAAGCAGAGAUUCCUUAUUCUGUCUUCCCAACAAGAACUUAAAAGUCCUGUGUUUGGAAGUGUUUCCCAGUUUCAGCUUGAUCAUCUUUGAGAAGCUGGACUGAGUCAUGUCAUUACCCAGUCUUGUUUAAAUGUAUAUCUGGGCUUAUGACACACCUGACUUAGGUAGAUGUGAAUGUUGUACAAAUGAAUAAUAAAUAUGUAAAAUUU